UCUACUGAAAGAGCAACCGGCACUUCCAGGUUCAAUAGUGUAUAUACUCACAACAUACCUGAAAAGGGGAAAUAUCAAUGAAGAUACUCUGACACGAGGCUUCCUCUCUGGCAGCUUCAUUGAGAGUGAAGCAUCAUGGCCAUUUUAACCUCUUUCGAAAUAAAUUUUAAAUUAUAGAUUAUGAAAGCAUUUUACUUUUAUAACUUCUCUAAACUAAUACAGGAGACGAGAGGGGACAAAUUAGUUGCCAGAGAGACUUGAAUGUAUUUUUCCAUAGCCUCUCUUUUAGAACAGGACAGAUUGCAGAAACAGCUCAUGUAGCCCUGGAGAGAGGGUCUAUAGCACAAUCAUAUGGUAUAUGAAGUAACAAAGUCAAUCAUGGUAAACAAUAGGUACUGCAGAGAAAACAGAUGGCUCAGGUGUGAGAGACAAUUUUCUCAAUAUGCCUUUUCCAGUUAUGAUUUUUAUCAACCAAAUACCAAAAUAUUUGAAACACUCAACUUUAACUGGACUGACUAUGCUCCCUUGGGGAGUUCCAUUUUCCACUAAAUAUUUACCGCUAUAUUAUCCUCCUAUUCUUACUCAUAAUAACCUGUCUGUUAAGAAGUUUUUCACCUAUCUAGACAUUGUCCCUAUUAUUCCCAUUUUAUAUAAUUCUAUCAUUAACCCUUGCUUCCACAUCAUAUCAUAGGCCUUCUCAAAAACACAGCUAACAUCCUCUCUUUAUUAGUUUGAGCCUUCCUGAUUUCAUUUUCUAAACAGAGAGCUGGGUCAGCUGUGCUCCUUCCUUUCCUAAAUCCACUUUGAUAUUUCCUCAGUGGCUCCUUUGUCUCUAUGUGGUACUUUAAUCUCUCAUUUAUCAAAUUCACCCUUGUGCCUGACCCACCCUUUAAACAUAUCAAUUCCUUUCCAUCCAUUAUCUCUUCUAAUAUCUCUCCAUUCAUACCCUCCUGUUCACCCCAUAAUGUGCUGUGUGCAUUUAAAUCUCCACAUCAGAUAAUAUUAUCUCUCCAACAUCUCUCAACUUUUUGCAUGGGUUAUAAAAAUGUAUUAUAUUUAACCUGUCUUUCUUGAUCCAUAAUUCAAUGACUACUACUUCCAAGUCUGCUUUUUGAACUCUCUCUAUAAUUAAUUCCUUCUUUAAUACAGAUGCACACCUUCUGCCAUUACCACUGCCUCUGUCCUUGCAUAUAGCCUUUAAUAAUGAAAUCCAGUGUUUGCUUAAGGCAUGUUUCUUGAAUGCAUAAGAUAUCUGGUUUCCUCCAUUUUCCUUUUUAACUUCUCUAUAUAUCCCUUAAACUCCUGUCCAUUUGCAAUUAGACUUCUCGCAUUCCAUUGGAGUAAAAACAUUAAGGCAUUAUAUGAGAAGUUGCCUCUGGGAUUCUUGCACAUCUCUGUUUUCCUUGGCAUAGAUAGAGGUAUGACCACAUUGCUGGCACUUACAGCAUCUGAUGGGAGGAGGAACAUAUGCUCUAACAUUAAAACUCAUAUAACCUACCGUCACCUUUGCCAAAAGUACCUCUUCACUGAACUGUAGAAGUACUACAACCAUCUAAUUCCCAUGACUGUUCCCUCUUUCAUCACUUUUGUCCAUUCAUCCAGAUUUUCCCCAAUGGGGAUUCCUGUUAUCACUCUCCUAGCUCCUCUCUCCUCACCAACCAACCUUUUCUCCACUACUUCUUUUUUACACACUAUUUGCAAUUUCAUUGCUUCAUUUCUCUGCGCCGCACUUUUGCAUUUCACCAACAAAUAGCCAUCACAUAACACCUUUGUCAUCUCAAUAUCCCCUGGUGCCUUCUUAAACCCAUUAGUCAGAGUGAUUGGGCUGACCAAUGUUAUCUCUCGACCUGCCUUGAAUUUAAGAAUUGUCUUUAACGCUUCCCUCAUGUCUUCCUCCUGACGUCUCACCUUUCCUCAUCGUUUUCUAAUCCCCGCUUCACUUAUAGUGGCAUCUGUCUAUUUCCUCAAUCCCUCCUCCCUACUUCCCCUCCUCUCCUACUAUUAACAAUACAUGUCCAUUCUGACAACCCAUUGAUACUUACCAUUCCGGUCCAGUCACAGUUCAGAUUAUGCCAAAACCAUCUGCUUUUUAAACACCCUCUCCCUCCGUCCUCUCUCCCCGUUUAGCCCCUGUAGCAUUUGGGAAUAUUUUGUGGUCAGGUUACUCUUUUGUCAUUGGUUGCUUUGGUGUUCUGUCAAGUCCUCUGUCGUGGGAUUGGGCUUCGCCCGGAGCUGUGUCCCUCUUGGCGUACCGGUCUCGCUGUGAGAGGCUGACAGCUCUUCCUGAUCCACGCGCUGCUCCCGCCCCUUUAUCCAACACCAUGAAAGGAUGGAAGGAGGAAAUACGUGAAACGCAUGUACCACUCCAGUAUGGUACAAAUUACCACUGCUGCAUGACUCGCUGGGAAUAUUUGGUUGUUUGCAGUGGAAAGUAAAAUCUAGACAACUAGACGGAUUUGCGGGGUGCGGGGCGCGUAGGGAAGGUAUUGCCGGUGGUUUCAGAAUAGGAGCGUGGCAAUAGAACAGGCAGAAAGGGGUGGGGUGGGUCUCCCUGUGAUAUUAGAGAGUUUGUGUCGCUUGAUCGCCACGAGGGGACUAACAUAGAAUAUGGUGGAGCAUCACCCGGUUUCCGACAACAAACACAAAUCCUCACUGAACUCCGGCGCGUCGUACUCUGGGAACGGGCGCAGCAGCAUAGCUGUCACCGAAAGAGGCAGCAACGGCGAGGGAGGAGGUCUGUCUGACGGCAUGUCGCAGCCGGCCGGGUGGCAGUCCCUGCUGUCUUUAAACAUCUUAUUCGUGGCCUGGGUGGUCGGUUUCAGCUCCAGACUCUUCGCUGUCAUUCGUUUCGAGAGCAUUAUUCAUGAAUUUGACCCCUGGUUCAACUACAGAUCAACUCACCUCCUCACCACCAGUGGCUUUUAUGAGUUCCUCAACUGGUUUGAUGAAAGAGCCUGGUACCCUUUGGGUAGGAUAGUAGUGGGCACAGUGUACCCUGGCCUGAUGGUCACAGCAGGCCUCAUCCAUUAUGUGCUCAACCUCCUGCACAUUACUGUCCACAUACGGGACGUGUGUGUGUUCCUGGCCCCAGUAUUCAGUGGCCUGACCUCCAUUUCCACCUUUCUGCUGACCAGGGAGCUGUGGAAUCAGGGGGCUGGGCUGCUGGCAGCCUGCUUCAUGGCCAGUCCCGGCUACAUCUCCCGCUCUGUGGCUGGCUCCUUUGACAAUGAAGGCAUUGCUAUCUUUGCCCUGCAGUUCACCUACUAUCUCUGGGUGAAGUCGAUGAGGACAGGAUCAGUUUUUUGGACUAUCGGAUGCUGCUUGUCCUAUUUCUAUAUGGUUUCAGCUUGGGGCGGUUAUGUGUUCAUCAUCAACCUUAUUUCUCUUCAUGUGUUUGUCCUACUGCUCAUGCAACGCUUUAGUAGGAGGGUCUACAUAGCCUAUAGUGCUUUCUACAUCAUUGGCCUGGUCCUGUCCAUGCAGAUCCCUUUUGUGGGAUUUCAGCCGAUCAGGACCAGUGAACACAUGGCUGCAGCAGAUCUCUGCAGGUGUGUUUGUGCUACUUCAGGUCUACGUCUUCCUGCAGUACCUGAAGGACCGACUGACCAGACAGGAGUUUCAGACUCUGUUCUUCCUGGGAGUCUCACUGGCUGCUGGAGUGGUUUUCCUCUCCGUCAUCUAUCUGACAUAUAUAGAUCAUUGCAAUACGAAGCUGAGUGGACAGCAAGCCAGAGAGAGCUCAUUAAGCCACUUAUCCCGGUCCCGAUGGUGUCAGCCAGAGGGUUCUCAAAACAUGCGCAGCCCAGCUGAGUGGAGUACUGCAGCAUAUCUUCAACCUUAGCCUGAGUCUGGAGAGGGUCCCUGUGCUGUGGAAAACAUCCUGCCUGGUUCCAGUACCGAAGAAGGCACGUCCCAGCACCUCCAACGACUACAGACCGGUGGCGCUGACAUCCCACCUGAUAAAGUCCCUGGAGAGGCUGGUCCUGUCACUUCUUCGGCCCCUGGUCAGCUCAUCACUGGACCCUCUUCAGUUUGCCUACCAGCCGAAACUAGGAGUGGAGGAUGCCAUCAUCUUCCUGCUCCACCAUGCAGGCGCCCACCUGGACAGACCGGGUAGCACCGUGAGGAUCAUGUUCUUUGACUUCUCCAGUGCUUUUAACACCAUCUGGCCUGCCCUGCUGGGGAGCAAGCUGACGGUGAUGCAGGUGGACCCUCCCCUGGUCUCCUGGAUUAUGGACUAUUUGACGGGUCGACCACAGUACGUCAGACUGCAGGACGGUGUGUCCGAUACUGUGUUCAGCAGCACUGGCGCUCCACAGGGAACUGUUCUUUCCCCCUUUCUGUUCACCCUGUACACCUCAGAUUUUCAGUUCCAUCUGAUUCCUGCCACCUGCAGAAGUUUGCGGACGACUCUGCAAUUGUUGGCUGCAUCAGUGAGGGGAAUGAGGAGGAGUACAGGGGCGUUGUGGACUCCUUCGUCGAGUGGUGUGGAACUAACCAUCUGCAUCUCAAUACCACCAAGACAAAGGAGCUGGUGGAGGAUUUCCGUGGAAAUCUGCCCCUACACCCAUUUCCAUCAGUGGUGUGACUGUAGAUGUUGUCUCAGAUUACAAAUACCUUGGAGUACACCUGGACAACAAACUGGACUGGGCCAAGAACACUGAGGCUGUUUACAAGAAGGGCCAGAGUCGACUCUAUUUCCUGAGGAGGCUCCGAUCAUUCAAUGUAUGUAACAUCAUGCUGAGGAUGUUUUACCAGUCGGUGGUAGCCAGUGCCAUCUUCUUUGGUGUUGUGUGCUGGCGCAGCAGGCUGAGGGCAGCAGACGCCAACAAGAUCAGCAGGAUCAUCAGGAAGGCUGGCUCCGUCCUGGGGGUCCAACUGGACUCUUUGUUGGUGGUGUCUGAGAGGAGGAUGCUGUGUAAACUGCAUAGUAUCCUGGACAACAAUGCUCACCCUCUCCACCAGGUGAUAACCUUGAACAGAAGCACUUUCAGCAACAGACUCAUUCCCCCCUGGUGUAACACAGAACACCAGAGGAAGUCCCUUCUCCUACCUCUGGUGUUCUGAGAGGGACAGUGGAGUCACUGUGUCCUGAUGCCAUAAUGCCACUUAUCACUUUAUAUGCCAUUUCACCUUUACUUCUUGUUCUUGUACUUAUUUUAUUCCAACUAUGCUACUAAAUUACAGUUCGUAUUGUUGUAUAUUGUAUAUACCUACGUUACUGUAAUCUUUGUGGCAUUUGUUGCAUUUAGUUACUUGUUUUAUUUAUUUUAUGUUAGCCUUUAUUUUAUUAGCUUUAUUCCUAUAUAUUCCUUAUAAUAGCUUUAUUCUUACUCUCUCUUCACACUGUAUUGCUUUUCCACCUCUGUAUUGCAACUGGUGCACAGCAUCACAUCAUUUAUCCUCAGGAUAAAUAAAGUUUCUUGAAUCUUGAA